CUUGGGCUCAGGUGAUCCUCCCACCUUGGCCUCCCAAAGUGUUGGGAUUAUAGGCAUGAGCCACCAUGUCCAGCCUUUUCUUCUGUAUCUUGUGUCCAUUCCCCAGAGCGAUACUGUGUAUCCUUGAACAGACGGUUUCUUGAAGUCAGAGUCUAUAUCCUCUGUCGCUUCUCCCCUUUCAUUAUCUAUGGCUGAGGUUGUGGUUUAUAUGCUUAGAGUUGAAAGCAUGGGGUCCAAUGUGUUCUGUACUCUGUAGUUCCCCAGACUGUCCAGGGAAACUACUUAGCUCUCAGGUGGUUCUUUUCUGUUUUUCUCAGAGUGAGUUAUCUAAUAACUGAAGAGGACUCUGCCCUUUGGCCUGUUCCUGACUUUCUAACUCCUUUUGCUGGAGGAAGGGGAGGUGGGGGGGUGGAGGGUGCCCUGUGGUGUGAAAGCCCCACUUGCCCUCUCCUCUAUACUUUCUUCCAAUGCAGACGGGAGAAAGUAUCAUAUAAAUGUAGUGACUGUGGGUCAGGGGAGCUCUGAGGGGCCAGCACGGGAAAUGAGAGACAAAAUGAGUGAGUUGGUAGGUGGCGAUUAGAGGCACCCUGCUGAGGGUGCAAGGCCAAAGGUGAUGCCUCCUCAGUAGGCCCAGGAGCAUCGAAACGGGAACAGUCCCUUUCAGCCUUCAGGAGCCUCCCAAAUGUCACUUAGUGACAUCCCAUUCACCUGCUUAAAGGCCCUGCAUCCUGCCAGGUAGUUGGUUUGUCCAUAGCAUCCUGAGCUCUGCCUGGGUGAUCCAGACAAAAAGAAUGAUCCCUGGCCAAAGUAGUGAUACCAGGGCCCAGACAGAGGCAGAGAGCUGGGGUAGGGAGCUGAGGAGGAGACCAUGGAGCCAGGGGAAUUAUUGAAGUGAGGGACAAUUUCUGGAGGAGGGAAACUGAGUAAGGGGAAGGCCUGGCCAAGGACUGAGAAGGGGACAGUAUCCUGAUCUAUGAAAGAAGACUCAAGUGGGGAUUGACAGAGCCAGAUUGGGUGGAGUCCAAGCUUUGGGCAGGUGAGUGUCCAGGAGAUGAGGGCUGAGAAUGGGCCUUCACAGCCCAGCCAGAAGGGGAAAGCACAAAGCUCCACCCUCCUUCUUCACAUCCCUCCAUGCUGCUCAAAUCCCAGGUCUUCAGGCACCAUGGAGGACAAACGCAACAUCCAGAUCAUCGAGUGGGAACACCUGGACAAGAAGAAGUUCUACGUGUUUGGUGUGGCAAUGACAAUGAUGAUCCGUGUCAGCGUCUACCCAUUCACCCUCAUCCGCACCCGGUUGCAAGUUCAGAAGGGGAAGAGCCUCUACCAUGGGACCUUCGAUGCCUUCAUCAAGAUCCUGCGAGCAGAUGGUAUCACUGGCCUCUACCGAGGGUUCCUGGUCAAUACCUUCACCCUCAUCUCUGGCCAGUGUUAUGUCACCACUUAUGAGCUCACCCGGAAGUUUGUAGCUGACUACAGCCAGAGUAACACAGUCAAAUCACUGGUGGCUGGUGGCUCAGCCUCCCUUGUGGCCCAGAGCAUCACAGUGCCCAUUGAUGUAGUCUCCCAGCACCUGAUGAUGCAACGCAAGGGUGAGAAAAUGGGCCGCUUUCAGGUGCGGGGGAACCCAGAGGGACAAGGGGUACUUGUCUUUGGCCAAACCAAGGACAUCAUCAGGCAGAUCCUGCGGGCUGAUGGACUUCGCGGCUUCUAUCGAGGCUAUGUGGCUUCACUGCUUACCUAUAUCCCAAACAGUGCUGUCUGGUGGCCCUUCUAUCACUUCUAUGCAGAGCAGCUCUCCUACUUGUGUCCUAAGGAGUGCCCUCACAUUGUCUUUCAAGCCGUCUCGGGGCCCCUGGCUGCAGCCACUGCCUCCAUCCUCACCAAUCCCAUGGAUGUCAUACGAACCCGCGUGCAGGUUGAGGGCAAGAACUCCAUCAUCCUGACCUUCAGACAGCUGAUGGCAGAAGAAGGGCCUUGGGGCCUCAUGAAAGGCCUCUCGGCCAGAAUCAUCUCAGCCACACCUUCCACCAUUGUCAUUGUGGUGGGCUAUGAGAGCCUCAAGAAACUCAGCCUCCGACCUGAGCUGGUGGACUCAAGACACUGGUAACCAGUGGUGGGGAGAGAAGCCUGCUGUUUUCCACACUACCGUGGGUCAGGGGCAGAGUGGAGAGGACAGCACCCUCUCCAGAUGCCCCCACCACAUACCCAGCCCUGCCCUGGGCCAGGUGGCCUAUCUGGGAUAGGGAUAGAGACUUUGAACUGCUCUUGCUGAAGAGGCUCCACGCCUGGAUCCCUUGCCCUUACUAUUUAAAAUUCUCUUCUGAGCUGGGCUCCCUCACUCAGUCCCUGUAUUCGAUACCGGCCUAAAGACCCCACCCCCCACCCUGCCAGCCCUUCUUCUGGCUUCCCCCUCCAUCUGUGUCCCUGAGACCCUGAGAAGAGCUGUACAUAGAGCUUGCUUACUACCACUGGUUCUUCCUCUUGGGCUUUCAGCCCAGACUCCAAGCAGCUGCUAUCAACCCUCUCUCCCUUCAUCUCUUAGCCUUGCUUAUUUUUAUUUUGGGACCGAGCUGCCCACUAGAUGACUCUGCUUUUUCCUGCACUUGGGGCUAAGGUGCCAGGUACUUAUUUGCACAGGGAGCAGGAGCAGCAAAAAAUCUCUGGUUCUCCAGAGCACUCGUCCUCUCUUUGGAGGGGUUAUUAGGUUGGAGAGAAAUGUUGAUACUUUUGUUGUGUGUGUGUGUGUGUGUGUGUUUUAACAUCUGUGAACCAGGCUAUUAGUCCUGCUAAAGCGCCAAUCCUGCUGUCAGAGCUCACCCCCUUCCUAAGACAGGUAGAAAAAUGUAAUGUAGCUUUUUCCACAAUCCAGUUCCCUGUCCCUUCAGUCUCAGGAGCCCUAGGAGAGUCUAAGCUGGGGCAUCCCCUGGCCCAGAGGACUCCUGUGGUGGGCACAGUUCUAAGUGGAUCAGGCUGUCUUGGGUGCACUGGACUUGGAGCACUACCUUGAGAAGUCAGGUUGAGAAAGUAGUUGAUCUAGAAGGCAACAAGUGGGCAUGUGUUCCCCAGCACAUUACCCAGGCCAGCAGAGCCAAACCUAGGAGAGGGCAGUGGGGAGAUUCUCUGCCCCAGGCAGCCAUGACAUACACAUAAAUACCCCAAUCACUCAGACUUACGGCAACAAGUGUUGUCUCACUAUGGUGAUCUCUAAGAUCCACAUCACUGGAUGCGUAGUCAUCCCAGUCAUGGUACCCUGUGGAGGGAUGCUGGAAGAACAUAAAGAGCAGUUCAGAAAGCCACCCAAUACCAGGACCACUGCAUUUACCAACCUGACACUGCCAAGAUUAUCUGAUGCUCUCCUCAGGAGCUAGGAGAGGAGUGCUCCUUCUUCCCUGCCUCAUCCUCCCUACCGCUACUCUCCCCAAGCCUGUGUUGCAGGUAGAGAGGUGCAGCAAAUAGAGAAGGCAUGUCAAACCCUGCAUUUCUACCUGAGACGUGUGACCUGGAUGAUCCUCCAAACCCUAUUGGUCCCACCCCCUGGGAAAGGCCAUGGUGCCAAUUUGAAAGGUGCUAGCUACCUGAAGCCUUGAUAUUUCUUCAUGGCUGCCGCACAUUCUUCCACCUUGGCCAGAACAGGUUCUGAAAACCGCUUCUUUACCUUCACCACCACCACUGCCCAUCUUGAUCUCUUUGAGGGUUUUCCCCUUUCACUUGAUUUUAUUUUUGUUUAUCCCUUCCUGCACUUUGUCAAGAGAGUCCUCCAGUUUCUAUCCAGGAAUGUUCACAUCCAAAGGGUUGGACCCACCGAUCAUUCUGAAUCUUCCUGCCCCUCCUCACUGCUUUACCCUGAGAACCACAAAUAUAAUGGAAACAGUUUCCCCCACCCUCACUCCAUCUCUUUAAGCUUAUCCUAGCAAGACCUCGAGAGACCCUAGAGACUUCAGUCCUUCCUCGCCAUGGCACAGUGGGGAACGUGUCAAUGGGGAAAGUGUCACGGACAGGAGGUAGGAUCCUGCCGCUCGCGUCUUGGUGUUUCUCCCCCAAGACUUUCCUUCUGUUUUGUUGUCUUGUGCAGUAUUUUACAGCCCCUCUUGUGUUUUUCGUUUCUCGUACACACACGCAGUUUUAAGGAUGAUGUGUGUAUAAUUAAAGGGACCCUUGGCCCAUACUUAACUAAUUCUUUAGGGGCUGGGAUUGGGUUUGACUGAAAUACGUUUUGGUGGGGAUGGUUCGGUGGACUUCCAUUCUCCCUAAACUGGAGUUUUGGUCGGUAACCAAAACUAAAAGAAACCUCUGGGAGACUGGAAACGACUGGAGCAUUGAGGAACAACGUAAUGAAAAGGCAGACUCUGAACGUUUGAUGAAAUGGACUCUUGUGAAUAUUAACAGUGAAUAUUCACUGUUGCACUGUACUAAGUCUCUGAAAUGUAAUUAAAAGUUUUUAUUGAGUCCCCGA